AUGGCCGGAAGCAGAAAGCUGCCCAGCGAGCGCACAAUCGCCUUUGCCGUCUCCAUCGUUCGUUCCAAACCACCAGAGCUGACGAUUGCUGAAUACAUCCAACUCCUCCGCCAGCACGUCGCCAAAGGCCGCCGCGAGAAUGCGCUCAGCUCAGCGUACCGCCACCUGGACCGCUCGUCGUACUGGCGUGCGGAGUUCGAGCGGAUGAAAGCUGCGCUCGAGUCGGUGGAGGGUGAGAAUGUUGAUCUCAAGCGUGAGGUUGAUGGGCUGAAGGAGAAAGUAGCGAGUGCGAAGCAAGGUCCUGUGAAGAAGCGGAAGCGGGUAGAUGAGGAUGUCAUUCCUGUGCCCAGGUCUCCGAAGAAGGCGAGGAGGGAUGAUGGAGGUGGGAAGAAGGAUGAUGCGCUCUUGAACCUGGAACUUGAUCUGGAAUUGACGGGUGCUGGAGAUGCCGGCAAUACGAUUAUGCGCAGCUUCUUCCAAGUGCAUUCACUACUGAAAUCUCGUCAAACCAUCGACCCUCCAGCUCUGGCGUAUCAGCUGGUGGAGGCUGCAGAAGUGCUCCCGCGAGCCUUGUCUGAGGCAAUAGCAUCACCCAGCUCGGCUGGCCAGACUGCAGAAACUUUCUCGUCGGUCAUCGUCGCCACCGGUAGGUCAUUUCGCUCCCUGGUGAUUGGCUUCAACAAGCUUGGUCAGGUCUCCGAUGGAGCUGAGCGCCGAGUCACCUAUGCUCUGGUCCAGAUGUAUGAGAAGCUGCUUGGUCUUUUCGAGGACACGUCGGCUGCUGAGCUACAUGGCACGGGUCAAACCACCGUCGCACAGGACCGGUCCCUAAGUAAAAAGGCAAAGCAGCCAGCCAACCCAACGGUGAAAGAUGUUUCUUGCCUGAAUGCUUUGACCAAACUCCUCUGCAACAUGCUUGACGUGCUUGAUGCGAAGAGUGAGUCGCACAAGACAUUGUUUGAAGGAUUCGCAUACGUUGUACUCAACAGUCUCGGUCCUAAGCUCUACGCCAUCGUCUUCGGAGACCAGCGGAGACAGAGUGUUGCGGAUGAGAUCGCCAACAUCUCCUACUUGGAAGAAUUUGAAGAAGGCGCUGAGACCGUUCCCAAACCAGAGACGACGGCGGUCCAGAUCGCCAAGCUCCAAGCACCAUAUCUGAUCCAUCUACUCAACCACAUGAUGACCGCGGCUCCUGCUCAUCUCGGCGCAAUCAUCAGCGCGAAGACCGGCAAGCCGAAGGCAGCGAACAACAAGGGCUCGCUGAAGGGUGCGCUGACAAUUGUGGCCAAGGAGCGGCUGCAGAGAACGCUGGUGAGCUGCAUGUUUGCCCAGGAGGAUGCGGACGAGAACGAUCCCUUCAAGGACUGCUUGAGUAUGCCAGUCAGCGGCGGGCCAGCACUGCCGAUGCCCAAGCUCAAGGGGAGGGACGUGAAAGAGUGGUUCCAGGAAGAAGUGUGGCAGCUGCUCGGGUGGGAGAUCUUGUCGAGAGAGGCGUGA